AUGAUACUCUAUUUUUUAACAUUCAUCUUUGGAUGUUCUGCUGUUGAUGUUAAUGGAAUGCUUGAAUUAGAUAUUAUAUCAAGCACUGGUUUUAAAAAUAAAGCAUUAUUACAAUCUCAAUUAAUGAAAGUUAAACAAGCUGGAUUUACUGGUGUUAUGGGAGAUGUUUGGUGGGGAUUAGUGGAAACAUCUCCAAAAAAUUAUAACUUUAAGUAUUAUCUCGAAUUAGUGGAAAUGAUUAAGAAUGUUGGUUUAAAAUACCAACCUGUUAUGUCAUUCCAUAAAUGUGGAGGUAAUGUUGGAGAUACUUGUAAUAUUCCAAUUCCUAAAUGGGCAAUUGAUGCUGUAAAGAAACUUGAUGGUUUCUUUAAAGAUUCUCAUGGAAAUGUAAAUGAUGAGUAUAUUAAUUUUGCUUUAGACAAUGUUGCUGUUGAAGGUGGAAGAACACCAAUUGAUUUUUAUUAUGACUUUAUGAACGCUUUUAGUACUGAAUUUAAGUCUUAUAUUUCUGAUGGUGUUAUUGAUGAAAUACAAAUCGGAGUUGGACCAUCGGGAGAAAUUAGAUAUCCAUCAUACUGUGCUGCUAAUGGAUGGCAAUACCCUGGCAUUGGAGAGUUCCAAGUGAGUGACUCAAACUCUCUUAGUUUGUUACAACGUGCUGCUGAAGCUAAGUCACAUAGUGAAUGGGCACAUAUACCAACGGAUGCUGGUGUUUAUAAUAGUAAGCCAAGUGAUACUAAUUUCUUUGAUGAUAAUAAACCAAACAACUAUGCAAGUGACUAUGGUAAAUUUUUCCUUGAAUUUUAUACUCAACUUAUGCUCAACCACACUGACCGUGUAAUAAUUGCUGCUAGAAAAGCUUUUGGAACCUCACUUCCUCUCGCAGCUAAAGUUUCCGGAGUUCAUUGGUGGUAUGGUAGUUCUUCUCAUGCUGCCGAAGCAACCGCUGGUUAUUAUCAAGUUAAUGGCUAUUCUACUUAUUCUCAAAUCAACGAUAUUUUAGGAAAACAUGGGGCACGAUUUACAUUUACUUGUUUAGAAAUGGCUAAUCCAACAGACUUAAAAGCAGACCCAAAGAGUAGACCAGAAGAUCUUGUUACUGAGGUAUUUGGUGUUGUAACUAAAUGUGACAAAAGAGGUGAAAACGCACUUGAUAUGAUGGGUAAUAGUAAUGAAUUUUGGUUUGAUGAAGGGGCUUUAUCUAGAACUAUUAAUCAAGUUGCUUCUAAGAAAUUAAAUGGAUUUACCUUCCUAAGAUUACAUGAAAGUGUGCUUUCAAGUUCUAAACUUUAUCAGAAAUUACAAGAUUUUGUUUCACAAUUGAACUCAAUUUAA